AUGGCUGAAAAUGGUGCAAUACCCUCAGAUAAUGCUGUUGAUGACAAUUCAAAUGAUUGCAUGGAAUCUAACUACGAUGAAGUGGUUGAUUCAUUUGAUGCUAUGAAACUAAAUGAAAAUUUGCUGCGUGGUAUCUAUUCUUAUGGUUUUGAAAAACCUUCCGCAAUUCAGCAGAGGGGAAUAAAACCAAUACUCGAGAACUACGACACCAUAGGACAAGCACAGUCGGGAACUGGUAAAACAGCGACCUUUACUAUUGCAGCCCUCCAAAUUAUAGACUAUAACAUUAGGUCCUGCCAGGUCCUAAUUCUAGCUCCCACCAGGGAGCUUGCCCAACAGAUCCAGAAAGUUGUAUUGGCCCUGGGCGAUUAUUUGAAUGUUCAAUGUCAUGCUUGCGUUGGUGGUACUGUAGUUAGGGAAGAUGCCUCUAAAUUGAAGGCAGGAGUGCAUAUGGUUGUGGGUACACCAGGGCGUGUAUUUGAUAUGAUUGAGAAAAGAAUUCUUAAGACUGAUAAAAUGAAAUUGUUCAUUCUAGAUGAGGCGGAUGAAAUGUUGUCCCGGGGUUUCAAGUCUCAAAUUUACGACAUCUUUAGACGCAUACCUGGUGAGGUACAAGUGGCUUUGUUCAGCGCUACAAUGCCACAGGACAUUCUAGAACUUACGAAAAAAUUCAUGAGAUCGCCCAAAAGAAUACUGGUUAAAAAAGAUGAGUUGACUUUGGAGGGUAUAAAACAAUAUUAUGUGUCCAUUGAGAAAGAGGAAUGGAAAUUUGAAACUCUGUGUGACAUUUACGAAACAGUAACAAUUACCCAAGCCAUCAUAUACUGUAAUACGCGUAGAAAAGUUGACAUGUUAACAAGCAAAAUGCAGGAAAAGGAUUUUACAGUGUCCAGUAUGCAUGGUGAUAUGGACCAGAAGGAAAGGGAUUUGAUUAUGAGAGAGUUUAGGUCUGGUUCGACUCGCGUGUUGAUUACAACUGAUCUGCUCGCGAGGGGUAUAGAUGUACAACAAGUUUCAUUGGUUAUUAACUAUGACCUACCUAUUUCACCCGAAAAUUAUAUUCAUCGUAUUGGUCGUUCAGGGAGGUUUGGGCGCAAGGGUGUGGCGAUAAACUUUGUUACUCUGGCAGACGCUAAUGUAAUGAAGGAAAUUGAGGCCUACUACAACACCCAAAUUGAAGAAAUGCCCAUGGAUGUGGCGGAUUACCUCUAA